AUGAAGAAAUCCUCCUCAAAGUCAAAGAAAAAAGCCAAGGUUGUUCAGAUGCUAAAUAGUGAAACAAACUUGUCUGUAGAUAGUGAUAUGAAAGACGAAGAAGAGUCGAAUAUAAAAAAGUUGAAAAGAAAAAAGAAAACUGCAAGAAUGGUGUGCAGUACAUCCAGAACAGAAGAAAGGAGUUCAACUGAGAAAACAACGAAAAAGAAGAAGAAAGUCAUUAUUGCAGAUAGAGAUGAUACAAAAAUUGGAGCUGAAUUACUGGAAUCUGGCAGUGGAAUUAAGAAAGGUAAUAAAAAAAUCAAAGCUAAGGAGGGAAAAGGAAAGACUACAACUCUAAAAGAAAAGAAAAAGAAAUCAGCCAGAUUAGAUGAAAAAGGAAGUCAAGAUCAAGGUGAUGCCCAGAUAGUGAUGAAACCAGCCCCAAAACAAAUCUCUAUCAUGGAUGAGAAGGAAGUUGAUAAAAAAAGGAAAAAGAAACUAAAGAGUAAAUCAAAAAUAAUCGCAGAAAACACUGCUGAUGUAGAGGAAGAAGAAAUUAAAUAUGAUGAUGCUGAAACUCUGGAGCCCAAUGAAGCAAGAGUUGUGGAGAAGUCACUUAUAAAUGGUCAUCAAGAAAGCGAUGAAGAUAAAAAAUUACGAAACUCAAACAAAAUCAAUGAGAAAUGUGAGGAAAUAUUAGAGCCGGAUGGCAUGAACAUGGAUAAAAGUAGUGAGAAGGAUGAUGAUAAUGAGAAAAAUGAAGAAAUGGCGACAAUUGAUGUUGAACAGAUAAAUGGAGAUAAAAAUAAAGAAAUUGUAACUGAAGAGGAAAAAGAAGGGAGUGCUGUUGAUGUUGGAAUACCAACCGAAACAAUUAUUGUCAUUAACACAGAAACUAAAAUUGUUGACAUUCCACUUAAAGAUAAUCAAAUUAUGGAAGUAGAAGAGACUGCAGUAAAUCAUGAUAGUGACAAUGAAAAAAAGAAUAUCCUCAAUUUACAUUUUACAGAUGAUUUUGUUCCCAAUUCACACGAUUCAAGUUCAGCUUCAGAUACUGUUAAAUUUGUUUCAAAGCCAAAAAAAAAGUCGCUGUUAAGUCAUCAGCCAAAAAUAAAUCAAGAUGGAUUGUCAGAAAGUUGUGAUGGCAGCAAACCAACACUUACUCCGAUGAAAAAAAAAACAAAGUCAAAGGAGGUUAGGUCAGUGUCUAAGAAAAAACUAAAGCAAUCCCAUGAUGACAUACAAGAGUCGUUAAAAUCCAAAGAAGUUGCCAGAAAAGUUGACAGUAAAAAGAAAAAUGCCCAGUGUGAGUAUGAUGGAGUAGAUGAGGAUGAUGGUGGUGCAGAUGAGGUUGUCUUCAAAUCUGCAGCAUCUUCCGAUGAUGUAGAGCAGAUGGUGGAAAUAGGAAUCAGGCAUUUAAGAGAAAUAACUCCUAAGAAAAGCUCGGACAGUGAUGGUGGACAAUCAAAGAAUACAGUCAAAGACAAUAGUUUAUUUGAUAAAGACUCACUUGGUGAAAGCUUGAGCAAUGAAGCAAAUGCUUUGCCCACUAACAAACGCACACCUGAAGCAAUAAAAUCGCCUGAUUCUAUGAAUGUCGACAAGUCUCAGGUGACAGGUGUAGUGACUGAUGAAGAGGUAGUGAUUUUUCAAAGUGAUGAGGAAACCACAAAAACAAAUAGAGGCUUAGAGAAAUCUCCAAUGAUCCAUGUAGAUAACAAAAGUGAGGAGCAACUGUUGUCAAUAUCUGGAGAAAGAAAAGAAGAUGAACCAACUUCUGGAGACCUUUGUGGCAGCACGAUUGAAACAAAUAAUGUACUGUCUGAGGAUAAAAAUCACAAAGCCUCAUCUAUAACAAGCACCACUAAGACACUAGAAAAAGAACCUGAAAAAAAUAGUAUACCCUUCCACAAAAGGAUUAUAGAUGUUGUAUUUUCAAGUGAUGAGAGAAAAUCUGAUGAUGAUAUUGUUGAUGAAAUUGUUGAUGAAAGAUCACGUGUCAGAACGAAGAGAAAAAGUGGAAAGAAAACUCCCAAGAAAGCCUUUCCUGAUGAGGCUACUUCAAAAGCUGAGAAGAAAUCAAUAACCUCGGAGAUAGUAGAUCUUGCAUCGUCAAGUGACAUUGAUAUUAAAUCUGAUGUUGCUAAUGAAGUGUCAGUUGUAAGUAUUCCAAGAAAAGGUGCAAAAAAGACUUCCAAGAAAGUUUCUGUAGGUGGGGUUACUUCAAGAGGUGAUAAGAUAUUAAUAACCCAAGAGAUGAAAGAUGUUGCAUCUUCAAGUGAUGAAAUGUUACCGUCAGUGUUAAAAUAA